CCCAGUUACUGUUUGCUACUUGAAUGAGAGCAUUGCAACAUCACGACAUCCUGUAGUUCUGUCUACAUCUGGAGCUCCCCACCACCUCUCUCGCCUCUGUCCACACAUACAUCCACGUUCGACGAUGCGUCCCGUCCCAGCGUCUGCGGGCUCUGCCCUGCGCAGCUGGACCCGACAUACUCUCCCGUCCUCCUCGUCCUCAUCUUCCCGUCUCGCCGCCCCAGCUUUCACAUCAAGCUCCCAGAGACGGCAACAAUCUUCGGAAGCUUCAGGAUCCAGCUUCCAGAGUCCUUUCGUGACCAAGGACACCACCAAGAUCCCAAGCUUCAAAGCCUACCAAUCCAAGAACAGCGAGGUUUCGAAUCGUGUUUUCUCAUAUUUCCUUGCUGGAUCAAUGGGUCUGCUUGCCGCUGCUGGCGCAAAGGCUACUGUACAGGAUUUCCUAGUCAACAUGUCCGCAUCCGCCGAUGUGCUGGCUCAAGCCAAGGUGGAAAUCGACCUGGGUGCUAUUCCCGAAGGCAAGAACGUCAUCAUCAAAUGGCGAGGCAAGCCCGUCUUUAUCCGACACCGAACUGAAGACGAGAUCAAGGAAGCCGAAUCCGUCAAAAUCGAAACCCUUCGUGAUCCUCAGAGCGAUAGCGAUCGAGUAAAGAAACCCGAAUGGCUCGUCAUGUUGGGUGUAUGCACACAUUUGGGAUGUGUCCCCAUUGGUGAAGCCGGUGAUUUCGGCGGAUGGUUCUGCCCUUGCCACGGUUCUCACUACGACAUCUCUGGCCGUAUACGAAAAGGACCCGCUCCUUUGAACUUGGAAAUCCCAGCCUACGACUUUCCCGAGGACGACAAGUUGGUGAUUGGUUAGAGAAGGACACACACAAGACAAGACAAGACAAGAUGUGUGUGAGGGAAUAAGAGCGACAAGAGAAAAUCCAAGUUUACAGAUUCCUACCAUGGAUUCCUCUCAGACGUCGACAAUUCUCGACACCAGAAAAUAAAAGAUGAAGAAGAAAGAUGACACUGGGUUCGCCGGUUGUGGGUUGGUGGAAUCCAGGCGUGUACAUACUAGAGAGGGAGAGAGCACAGAGGAGUAGUGUGGAUGAUGGAGACUACAAUGAAUGGGAACGGAUAUUUCCAUCUACAGUCAAAGCCCUUUUUUUAAAGAAUAACAUUAAAACGUUCAAAAGAAGAGUAUAUCUUGAUAGAGUUCUUGAUUUCUUAACUGUACAGUCUGCACAGUCUGCGCUUGGAUCGAUGUGUUUGGUGGUGUGAUAUAAUGCUAUACUAGC